GGUGUCAAAUAUCAAAAUGCCUGGGUGGGUCCGGAAGCAGCUACAGACAGUUACCAUGUCAUCCUGUACUGGACUUAAACACUGCAAAGUGGCCCUGGCCUUUGCUGUUAUUUUUGACAUUUUUGGCUUUACGGCUCUGUUUAUGGGGCUCUUCGUGCCACUUGAAGUCAAAGGGAGAGAUUUCGGAGACCUGCUUGUCUACACUGGUGCUCUCUUGGUACUGAUAUCACUAGGCGGUUGGGUGAUGUGGUACAGCGGCAACAUUGAGGGCAUGCCAACACAAAAGGAGUUGGGCCGAAUAGGCACUGUUGUGGAUCGUUUGGCCCGCAACCUCAGCAGGAAAAUACACACACACAACGUCUACAGAGGGCCCUGAAUUUGUUGUACAGCACUGGGUCAUGAUUGACUGUGACAUUGUUUGGUGUCUGUUUUAUUCUUAUUUCUUUUAGUUCUUUUAUUUCUCUGUUAUCUCUCUUUUUUUUUCUUUUUCUUCAUACAAAACUUGAUAAAACAAACAAUUGAGUUGAUGGCACUGACAAUGAAAAAGAGUCCCUCAUGUUUUGUGCCCAACAGAUUUUGACAUGGAGAUUCAAAGCAAAAACAUGUCUUUAUAAAGAUUUGAUAAAUUAGUAUACAAUAGUAGCCUACUAAUAUUUUAUUGUGUUUCUUGCAUUGCUGUAAACCUUCAAGAGAAUAUAUAUAUAUAUAUAUAUAUAUAAGUCACCCUGGGAAAGAACUGUACUACAAGAAUUGUUACAAGAAGUGCCACUGAGUGUUAAACAUUUACAUGUAUGUAUAUAUAUAUAAACAUUGAUUUGUUCUCUGUAAAGACUGUUUGAGAGUGAUUGCAAAUUUUGUAAUGAAUUUAUUGAACAUUUUAUUUAUAAAAUGUAUAUGAUGAACCUUGUUUGAUAUUUGGAAAAUAUGCCUAAUUUUCAGUAUUGUAUUUUAUAUCAAUUUAAUGAGCCUGCUCUUGUUUCAAUGGCCUAGUACCUGGGGGGGAAAAAGUGAAUCUAAGUACAACCAUAAGCAGUACUUCAUAUGAUCUUUAGGUGGAGACAAACACUUUGUCAUGGCAAGAGUUACUAGUCAAAUUGCCCUGAAGUAAAGUGACAUGUUUUACAAAUUAAAUGGCAUUAAAGGAAUAGU